GAAAAAAAUUAGCUGUGAGUACGACUCUCCGAGGUGAGUGUGCAAAGUGAGCACGAGGAAAAGUGAGUGUCAUGGAUGGACCAUUUACUUCAAUUGAUUCGCGUGAUACAUCCUUCAAUUUAUAGCAAGUGCAAGUGCCAAUAUUGUUAUAAAAUAAAUCAAUUUAAUGAACUUCGCCUGCUAUAACCAGUUUCAAUGUCGUUACUUUUCUAAAGAAGUUUUUACACAAGAUUACAAGUUUCAUACUGCUAAAGAACAUCAAAGUCAUAAUUUUAGAGAGCCAGAGUCUCAAACUCCAUCGUGUGGUAAAGAAAUCGUGUGUUAAAAACUUAGAAAACAAAAAGUUUAUUCAUAAAAAACACGAACAAAAAUAUUUAAAGACUACUUAACGAGAUCUUAAGCAAUUACCGCCGACAUAAAAAAACUUGGUCAAAAAAAAUGUACACGACAAAAAACGGACACACUUUUUAACAUUCCUCAAUUUAGUGCUAAAAUAUUGCCAAUAGACGAUACAAUUUCAUCUAAUUAUCGCAAUGACUUGUUCCAUGAUCGUUAACACAGCAGCUGGUCAAUCAGUUUCAAUUUGAGGUGCUGUAACCAUGCGGGACACAAGUGUAACUCAAAUUUUUAAGGGAACUCUCCCUCAACUGAUCGCUGUCAUUACUGGUACCAUGAGCGCCCUUUCCGAUGGAAUGCACUACGGCUGGUCCGCCCCCCUCAUCCCCGUCCUCCAAUCCGACACCAGCCCUGUGAAAAUCACCGAAUCCGACGCCGCCUGGCUCGAAAACAUCUACCUCCUCGGAGGGAUCGCAGGCCUACCCGUAACCAUCUUCCUAGUCGACCGAAUAGGCCGCCAAAAAACCAUCCUAGGCGCCUGCGUUACUAGCCUCAUCGCUUGGACCACCAUCGCCGCCGCCACUUCCAUCGAGUGUCUUUACGCCGCCCGAUUCCUCGCGGGCUUCUCCGGCGACGUCAACUUCGUCGCCGCCCCCAUGUACAUCGCCGAAAUCGCCGACCAAAAAAUCCGGGGUUUCCUCUCCGGCGUCAUCUACCUAAUGAUGCUCAUAGGAAUCCUAAUAAUCUACUCAGUGGGACCGUUCGUCCCCGUUUAUGCCUCGUGUGUCGUGGGGGCGGUAUUCUUAAUCUUCGAACUCAUCACCUACCCCUUCAUGCCCGAAUCGCCAUACUACCUUCUAGCCAAAAACCGGUACGAGGCGGCGCAGAAGUCGCUACGCCGCCUCCGAGGCACCCAGAACGUGGAUAAAGAGUUACAAGAGAUAGCUCAGGCUGUGCAGCGACAACGCAGCGAGCGUGGCCGCCCCCAAGACCUCCUACUAGUCAAGAGCAAUCGCAAAGCCUUGUUGAUUAUGAGUGUCCUCAACGGGUCGCAGCACCUCAGCAGUAUUAGUGUGAUAUUGAUGAACUUGCACAAGAUUUUGGAGGCGGCGGGGUCGAUUUACAUCGCUCCCAAAGCGGCGGCGAUUAUUUUUUCAGCGGUGAUGCUUUCAGCGGCGUCGUCGGCGUCGUUCGUUAUCGAUAGGUACGGCCGCAAGAUUCUUCUAACCACUUCUAGUUUCCUAACUGGGCUGUCACUACUCGUCGUGGCGAUCUACUUUCAGUUGAAGAAUUCGGAUAUUGAUGUGGCGGCGGUCAGUUGGAUACCGACGGUGGCGGUGAUGGUUUAUGCAGCGGUUUUCAAGAUGGGGUUAGGAAUGGUGCCGAUUGUGAUGACGGCGGAGCUUUUCCCUGCACGGGUUAAAGCGAUGGGGAUAACCGCCUCCAAUAUGAUGUAUUUAGUUUUUGCGCUGGUUUCCAUUGAGGUGUACCAUGUGUUGAGUGAAAAGUACGGGAUUCAGGUUCCCUUUUUUAUGUUUGGGGGGGCUUGUUUGGUCACGGCGGUGUUUUCCGCUUUCUUCAUUCCGGAAACUAAGGGGAAAACUCUGGAUGAGAUCCAGUUUAUCUUGAAGGGGGAACCGUAUCCCCCACGGGGUCUUGAAAAUGGUAGUAAAAGUAAGGACAGUGUUGAAGAUAAAGAGGGUGAAGUUAGGCAUUAAAGUUGAUAGUUUGUUGCCAAUUCGCAAGCUUAGAUCAUGUACAUAGAGGCAAUAAUCUGUGACUAGAAGUGAUAACACCUUUGUUAUUGUUAAAUUCUUCUAUGUAGGUUUAGAAAUCGUUGAUAGCUACUUGUGAUUUAGAAUAAGAUGCAAAGAAAAUGUUGUGUAUGCUGUUUUCUGUAACUCAUCCAAUAAAUCGGAGAUUUGUCUCAGGUUAUUAAACGGAA